CGGAUCCAAUUUUAUUGCACAAAAAGAAAAAAAAUAUCUUUUAUUUUCUCUCUCAACAAAAUUUAAAACGAAUAUCCAAGAAAAAACAGCUAACAGACGAGGAAGAUCUGUAAAAGUCGGCGAUUCUUUUUAGGAACAAGAACAAAAAGGGGAAGAAGAAAGAAAUGGCAAGAGCAGGGGGAAUAACGAACGCCGUAAACGUAGGGAUAGCGGUGCAAGCCGAUUGGGGGAAUCGCGAAUUCAUCUCUCACGUUUCCCUCAAUGUUCGUCGCCUCUUCGAAUUUCUCCUCCAAUUCGAGGCUACAACGAAGAGCAAAUUGGCGUCAUUGAACGAGAAACUGGAUACCCUGGAACGUCGUUUGGAGCUUCUUGAAGUUCAAGUGGGAACUGCUUCCGCUAAUCCUUCUCUUUUCAGUAUGUAAUUUGUAUUUCAAUUGUAUUGUUUCCAUGUCUUUGUCGUGAUUCUGUUCCCACUAAAGUUUUCGAAAACAAAGUCCUUUUUUGUCUAUAAUAUAUUAACAAGUGAAUUUUUGCUUGUCGUGUUUGUAAGACAUUAUCUGCUGUUUGAAAAUUUCAGUGAAUCAUCUUUGCCUUUGUCUCUUUCAA